AUGGGGGCCGUGCGGGCCGUGCUCUUGAGCGACAUCCAGCACGUCUUGAGCCUCGUGCGCCAUCAACAUGGGUACCUGCUGUCGAAAACUACCGCUGAAGACGCGGAGAAAGAGAGCCCCGUAGCGGUCUUUCAGAGUCUCCUGCGUCUUCGUGAACGUCUUGUCUUUUGCCGUGAUGUGGCCGAACUGUCGCCCAUGCUGGUCGCGAAGCCGUUCCUCGAUGUGAUAUCACACGACUACACUAGUAGUAUAGUAACGACGGCUGCACUGCAAGCAGUGAUGAGUUUUGUGCAGUUGUGGCCGUGGGUAGACGCCCAGGACGAGAACGCAGCAGCAGACACUAUUUCCGACAUUGUGGAUGCGGUGAGCCACUGCACGUUUCACGAAGAAAGCAUCGAGGGUGACCAGAACGCGCUAGUGCUUGUCGCUCAUGUGCUGCACGCGGUCAUCCGCUCGCCGUACGGCGCUCGACUGUCGGACCACUCGAUGUGGCAACUCGUAGAGUCACUCUACGCUCUCCAUCGUGGCAGUCAAUAUAAUUCACGCAUCACGCUGCCGUUGCGCUCGACCACCAUAAACUUCCUGCACGAUACAAUCACGUUUGUGUUUUCCAGCCCUGUCAUCUAUGCAGACUCCGUCCUCGCUGCUGAUAUCACGUCAUCACAUAGACCCGGAUUUGGACUGCCGUGUGCAGUAAAAAUCAUGGGCUUCUUAUGCCAGAAGUUACACCAGCGAAACGAACCGUCACCUCCCAAUUCGGAUGCCACUGCAUCGUCUAUUGGGAGCACGAGCAGCCAACGCGAAGUGCUGUUGUCGCUCAACUUGCUCGAGCGUGCGCUGGUCGCUUGCGACGCCGCACUGAUGGCGGGUGUACCAUCGCUAAUAUUUUUUAUCAAGGAUGACUUGUGUAGCGCCAUUCUACGCUACUGUCGUCUGGGCGCUUGCGCGGAGCUGAACAUUUCCAUCGCUUGUCUCAAACUGAUCCGACUGUUGUGGUCAAAGCUCCGCUCCGAGCUCAAAAUGCAAGUCGAGGCAAUAUUCAGUGGCGUGUUUUACCACACACUGCACUGGUGUCUAUCAAACAUGAAUGUCAACAACCCGGAUUUUCCGCGUGGAGAUGAUGCAGCUCUAUCCGUUGAAAACACAGAUAGUCUGACCGGCGACAACGCUCCUGCGUUAGUUGACUGUGCGCUCGACGAUUUUACCGGCGACAUGUUGUCCAAAGUCCAGUUGUACAGCAUCUCGUUUGAAAUUUUUGACUGCUUGGUGGACUUGCUUGCCGAGGCGACGCUACUGACCGACAUGUAUGUCAACUACGACUGCGACGACAACCGCUGUGACUUGACGCAGACUUUAUUCGGGCUACUUUCGCAGGUGGUUCAGCAGUCCCACGUUGCUUGCUUUGAGUCGCACGAAGAAUCGCACUUUGUUUGGGCUCAGGCGAUUGGGGAGAUUGCCCUUCGUGGAAUGUUUAAUUCACUUAACGUCAUGUAUACACGUACACAGCAAAACACGCCUGCUUUAGGUAGUGACAAGAGCAGCGAGUUGAGCGACAAUGAGGAUGCGUCUGUAAUUGAUCAGGACGACGAGUGCGUACCAGCUGGUACGGAAGAGCUAGUCUCUGCCGAAGCAUUACACAAGAAGCGACAACGUAAAAAGUUCUUCCAACGCGGCAUUCAGGAGUUCAAUCGAAAGCCAUUGGCAGGAAUCAAGUACCUGCAGCAAAACGGCUUUCUGCCUAUCCCGCUUGAUAGCACGUCCUUUGCUGCGUUCCUGCGAUCCCUUCCUCAAGGUUUAAACAAAACCUCAGUCGGUGUAUACUUGGGUGCAAUGGGUAAGGAAGUCAAGGGCUUUGAAAAAGACGAGAUCCACGAAGCCGACACUAUCGACUUCCAUCGCGACGUUCUUACCAACUUUGUCCGGUCGUUCAAUUUUGAGGGAGAGAGCAUUGUUACUGCGCUGCGUAUGUUCCUCGCCAGUUUUCGUCUUCCAGGAGAGGCCCAACAAAUUGAUCGCAUACUCAACGCCUUUUCGCUCCAAGUGUAUGAUCAGUGCCGAGAACGAUUUAUCAUGGCUUCAGUGGACGUGGCAUAUUUGCUGUCAUUCAGUCUGAUAAUGCUAAACACAGAUUUGCACAAUCUGAACAUCCGAGGUGACAAGAAAAUGAAGCUAGCUGAUUUCAUCAAGAACAACAAAAACUAUGGUCAAGAAGUGUCCGAUGGCCUCGAUUUGCCUGAAGACUUCUUGACGGAAUUAUACAGCGCCAUUGCAAAAGAUGAGAUUAAGACGUUCGAAGACGGUGGCAAAUACGGCGAGGUGACGAGCGUUCGAUGGAAAGACUUGCUCAAUCGAGCAGAAAGCGACCCGCGCAAUUCGCGUUUGAUCACACUCCAUCCGUCGUUACGUCUUCAGUUAUUGAGCACCCGAAGUAUGGGAGCUGCCGAAGGCUCAGCGUCACCACCAGCACCGGGUAUGAUACAAUCAGUGACGCAGACCCGACAAAUGACGAGUGUUUUCAGUCCCGCUGAUGAAACCGCCAAGCCAGACGAAAGCGACGCGUGGGAUCAGCAGGAUGAGCAUAAGUCUCCCUAUGCUUCAUCAAGUGAUCAGUAUGAUCGCCACAUCUACGAGCUGAUUCAGCAGCACCUUGUCCAAGCAUUCAGCAGCGUGUUUCGACAAUUCGUCGUGGAUUCCCACGCAAAAGAUGCAACACGAGGCGAAGAUCUCUCAGUAGGUAGAGGCUACGAGAUGCACUAUGUCCCUCAAAAAAGCGCACUGCAGCUUGCAUGCAAUGGUCUUGUGUUGUGCGCAGCGGUAGCACAUCAUUUGUCGCUGGUGGAGCACUGCAACUCUGUGUUCGUCCGCCUUUGCAAGUACACGGCACUGCUUUCGUCGGACAUUUAUCCUGUGGGGUAUAAUGGCCGCGAGAACGGCAUUGGGGUGUAUUGUGACAACCAAAGUGCUCCAGUCGCGACUGCGGCUGUCUUCAAGCUCCUCAGCACAUGCAGCUUGUUGCUUCGUAGUCGCUCGUGGAAACAUCUUUUCCACGUUGUUGAAGGUCUACGUGAGUUUCAUGUCUUGCCAUCCUGGAUCUUAUACCCUGGUGACGACACGAACUUGGAGCUAAUGACGGCCGACGAACGCCUGGUAUUCAUUGACCAAGUGCACCAGAACAAAGAAAAGCUGGACAAGAAAAGCGCACAAGACCAGGACGGCGGCAGUCGCGAUUCUGGUGGCUUCUUCAGCGGUGUUGCAUGGCUGCUAUCAGCUCUCGAUUCGAGCGUUGGUGGCUCAGCAUCGACGUCCGGUACAACGAGAAGUUCUCAGCUAUUUCUCAAGGGUAAGUGGAAUCAGCUCAGUCCGGCUGAGUUCGCCUCUCACGGGGAUGACCUUGUCAUUGGGCGAAAUGCACCAACGACACAUACGUUCGAUGGUGAACACGACUCGGGCGGCGACUUUGGCACCGACCAGUGGAUCCGGACAACACUGCGACCUUACCGGGUCGACUGUUUUAUGCAAGACGUAGCUAGCCUGCCUCCUCGUGUCCUCGCUGAAGUUAUCGAGGCACUGUGUGACGAGAUACUGUUGACACUGCAAGGUGCUGAUGCGCAAAAUUACGAAAAAAGAGCCACGGAGCUAACGCUUAGCCAAGGAGGCUGUGUGUUAUUCGAGCAUCUCCUGUGCCAGGUGAUCUCGCUUUCUGGCACUCUUGUUGAUAGCAACACUGCUGAUAAAGACAGGAUAUCUGCUACGCUUGAGGCUCACUUUACUAGGAUUCUAGAGCUUUUGCGGCCGGUGUUACUUACAAACAAUCGAUCAAGUGGACUGACGUACGAAAAUGCGUGUUUCCUGUUGUACAAGUCGCUAAACGCGCUGUUUGCUUGGGCGACUUGCACGCAUGGCGAUCCAAACGGGCUGCCGUUGAUAAAUUACUUGGGUACCUUUACGGAAGCAAGCGCUAAUGACGAGCUCAUUCGACCUUUUCUGACGCCAAUUAUGCGCGGACUGAAUCGGUAUGUGACGAUAGUGCGGCCGAACAAUUUACACUACUCACGCAUGGACUGGGAGGCGAUAUGCGUUUUGAUCAGCUCAUCGACCACAAUACCUUACGUAGCCUCACACGCCUUUGGACUACUCGAGCAGCUCAUAAUGGAUAAGAUCUGGAAUGGACAUGGUCAUGAAGAUCUCAUCAGCUACUGCUACGCGAAGAUGAUCAUGUUCGCCAUGAAAAGGCGUGACGCACACGAUUCAUGGAAACCCUCGAAACCCAUUGAGUUACUGUGCUUCAUGUUUGACGCGCUCUAUCCCGAUUCACUCGACUUUGCGAUCGAACGCUUGCGUUUCUUGGGUGGCAUGACUGUCGUAUCGAGGCAUUUGCUGUUGAACCAGAUGAAGCACGAGAUCUCGAACGACCUUGUUGUGGCGGCGUUUGAAGCAUUGACGCACAUGCUACGCGAGCACACGGGAACUGAGCAAUCGUUUCAUUCCGCGGCCUGGCUCGAUAUUCUCCGAUACGGUUUGCUACCUAUCGGUUUUGACUUGCUAAACGAUAAGGAUCGCGAUCGUUGUGGUCAUGCGGUACAUCUCGAUCACGAUGAGAAUGAGGAAAACUCGUCCUUCUUGCACUACCGGCGACAGUUGGCGUCGUUUGACGGAGAGAUAUCGCUGCAAAUUCCUACCGACUUGCCGUUUCUCGACGACACUGUCGGUACUGCUGAACGACGACGUCGUCCAUCGACAAUGAGAGACUUGCUAGCACUUCGGCCACGCGUGGUAGUCGUCGAGCUGAUUUCACUUGUAGUGUGCGAAGAGUUGACAAAGCUACAGAUGUGCUCCGACUUUCCGUCUGUGUGGGAACAAGUGUCGGAGCUGCUGGUGGGGUUGCUUGAACACACUUUGAUCGAAAGUCCUCCGUCGUCUGCGACUGGGCCUGUUAGUGGGGAGGUCAUGAUUGCGGCAUUGGAGCGCCGAGGUGUUCUUUCAGCUCAUGAAGAGAUUCUCGAACACUGUAAAGGAAUCGUGAGACGCUUGGCAGUGCUUCAGGAUGGGGUCCAGAAGCAGGACGGCGCAAAAGAGCAAGAGACAGCAAAGCUGGAGAACAUGUCUGACCCGAAACAGCUUGACACGUUGAUGCAGGUGCUGGAAGAGAAGUGUCGCUCCAAUCCUGCUUUACUGCAGCAGCUUUUCCCCUCAAAUGAUGAUACCGGAUCAAGCAGCAGAUGCACUCACCCUGUCGCCACGGUCAGCGCAGACGUUACCGAAGAGCAAAGCGAUAACGAUGAGGUGACUUAA